CCAGUGCACAGCAGCAUCAGUGGCAGUUGACAGUUGAAGCUCUGGUGGCUGAUACUAUAGUCUUGCCUUGGAAGAGCGAGCUAGUGUGCUUUGCAGCUAGUGUUAUACUUCCAGCGAUUAUCUUGUUGUUCAGAACACAAUAAAAUCUGUGCUUUUCCUGAACAUUUUUUUUAUUUUAUUUUUUCUAUUUGGUGGAUUUAUUUAACAUCUGGAGAUGAGCCGGAGAGAGCUGAGACGGCUCCUGGAGGACCAGCGAACAUGGAGCCGUCAAGGAGAUCAUGAUGAGUCAUCGCAGACCGUGUUUGAGGAGAGGCUGCGGUCUGAGCGACGCAGAGGUGUGAGAAGAUCUCGUCCGAACACCCAGGAACAUCCAUCGAGCGGAGAAACAUCUCCUCGGCUACAGAGACCUCGGAGGGAGCACAGACACCGAAGCCGCUCUCCUCUUCCUACUCCUCCGGUAGCAACAACGGACAGACCAAGCCCAGAUCCUCGCCCUGGACCAAGCUCCCAGCAACCAGCUGAGAAUGAGCAGAAUCUUCCAGCCAUGGUGAUUGAGAUCGACGGGCAGAAUCUCCCGGCCACGAUGAUCGAGAUUGAUGAGCAGAAUCUCCUGGCCAUGGUGGAAGAGAUUGACGAGCAGAAUCUCCUGCCCAUGAUGAUCGAGAUUGACGAGCAGAAUCUCCUGGCCAUGAUGAUCGAGAUUGAUGAGCAGAAUCUCCUGGCCAUGAUGGAAGAGAUCUACGGAUUCCAAAUGACCACCAUUGCAGAGGAUGAAGCAGCACAAUCGUGUGCUAUCUGUCUGAUGGAGUACGAAGAAGGGGAGCCAGUGAUCGUCCUGUCCUGCAGCCACAGGUAUCAUCCAAGCUGCAUCUCACAGUGGUUUGACAUAAAUCUCAGCUGUCCUGUGUGCCGCAGAGAGUGCAUCCCGAGGCCGGUCGUGUGCCUGAUCCGCUGAGUGCGGCAGGAAGAGGAACAUCUAAAUCCCUAUCUUCUCUCCAUUCCGUACCAUCUCCUCCACUGUCCAGUUCCAUCAGCUGACUACUAUAUCUCCUGUACUCCUACCACCCUCCUGCGGCCUAGGCUGGACAUAUCCACAGACUCCAUCACCACACUGGGCCUGAUUUAGGUCUCGACGCUGUAGCGGAACAUGCAGUCAAGUACUGAUGUUCGGUACCUUGCACAUGUGUCGGACCCAUGCAUGUGCAGUACAGGUCUAUGGCGUUGGUCAUACUACGAUAUUGGAUUAUCAGUGAUUGACGGUCUGAUGCUGCUUGAGGACGGGGAACGGGCGGUAACAGCCUCAGUUUCUCUAAAUGGAUUUGUGUCGCAGCCGUUGUUGGGGAGGGAUGCGGUUAAGAGCUCCAUCUGAGGUUGGAGAUAUCCUGGCCCCUUCAUAGUAGAUGAGGUGGCUGACUUCCGUGACUCCUUGGGUCACUCGGCCUGCUUCCAUGUAAGCAGUGCGAUAGCUCCGCCGUCCACAUAUGAAUCAGGCCCACUGUGCUCCUACCGGCCAGUGGCCAUCUUAUGUGUGGCACUGGGGGAAUCCUAUGCAUAGCCCACAACCAUCCUGCUUUGGACAGGAUAGUCCCACUUUUCGGGAACUGUAUGGCUGUCCCACCCACGGGGCACACUGUUCCGGGGUGGUGGGGAAUUAGGGGGAGCACUCUCACCCCUGCUCUGCAUAGCAUAGAUGCCAUGCGCCCAGAAUCCACCAGGGCCUAAUUCAGAGAUGGAUGCAGAUCAUACAGUAGCUGCGUCUAUGAAGGCAGCUGCUGAAUAAAAAUAUAUAAUGGCCAAGGAGGCGUCUUGUACAAACAGACAUCGCAUGAUGGCUUCUCUGAUCUGCUGCUGUUCUAAGCAUUGUACCAUCUGCAUGAGCAUCGGUCAUCCGAGUAACCCUCAGGCCUCUUCACACCAAAAAAAUGGGUCCAACAUCAGUGGCAGAACUUGAGAGUGGUGGGCCCAUGUGCAAAAAUAUGCUCUGGGCUCCCCUCCUCCGCCCUACGGGAGAUGCAGUGGGUGACAGCGGGGAGAGGCUGUGGGUGACGGAUAGAGGUAGAGGGAGACAUUGGAAAUCAAAGGGUGAUGGGGAAGGCAGGGGGUGAUGGGGAGAAGCAUAGGGUGACAAAGGAAUGCAGAGGGAGACAAGGAGAGGUAGAUGGUGAUGGAGAGGCGGUGGGUUGGUUAUAGCAAAAGGCAGAGGGUGACAAGGAGAAAUUGACAUGGAGAGGGUGACAGGUAGGUAGUGGGUGAGAAGGAGACAGUUGGUAACAGGGAGAUAGUAAGAGACAGGGAGAGGGUGACAGGGUGAUAGUGAGUGGCAGGGAGAGGGUGACAGGGUGAUAGUGAGUGGCAGGGAGAGGGUGACAGGGUGAUAGUGAGUGGCAGGGAGAGGGUGACAGGGUGAUGGUGAGUGGCAGGGAGAGGGUGACAGGGUGAUGGUGAGUGGCAGGGAGAGGGUGACAGGGUGAUGGUGAGUGGCAGGGAGAGAUUGACAGGGUGAUAGGGAGUGUCAGGGAGAGGGUGGCAGGUAGGUAGUGGGUGAGAAGGAGACAGCUGGUAACAGGGAGAUAGUAAGAGACAGGGAGAGGGUGACAGGGUGAUAGUGACAGGGUGAUAGUGAGUGGCAGGUAGAGGGUGACAGGGUGAUGGUGAGUGGCAGGGAGAGGGUGACAGGGUUAUAGUGAGUGGCAGGGAGAGGGUGACAGGGUGAUAGUGAGUGGCAGGGAGAGGGUGACAGGGUGAUGGUGAGUGGCAGGGAGAGGGUGACAGGGUGAUAGUGAGUGGCAGGGAGAGGGUGACAGGGUGAUGGUGAGUGGCAGGGAGAGGGUGACAGGGUGAUGGUGAGUGGCAGGGAGAGAUUGACAGGGUGAUGGUGAGUGGCAGGAAGAGGGUGACAGGGUGAUAGGGAGUGUCAGGGAGAGGGUGACAGGGUGAUAGGGAGUGUCAGGGAGAGGGAGACAGGGUGAUAGGGAGUGUCAGGGAAAGGGUGACAGGGUGAUAGUGACAGGGAAAGGGUGGCAUGUAGAUAAUUGGUGACAGGGAGAGAGUGGCAUGGAGAUAAUUGGUGACAGGGAGAGAGUGGCAUGGAGAUAAUUGGUGACAGGGAGAGAGUGACAGUGACAGGGUGAUAGUGAGUGGCAGGGAGAUGGUAGUAUUAAGAUAGUGGGUGACAGUGACAGGGUGACAGGGCGAUAGUAUCAGGGAGAGGGUGACAGUGACAGGGAGAAAGUGGCAUGGAGAUACUGGGUGACAGGGAGAGUAUGACAGGAUGAAUGUGGGUGACAGGGUGAUACUGAGUUGUAGGGAGAGGGUGGCAUGGAGAUAGUGGGUGCUUGGGGAGGCAAUAGAGAAAAGCAAUGAAGUGGCUGCACACAACGUCAUUCAAAAGUUUACUUGCAGUACUUCUGUGUCCAGGUCCUACAAUACUUCUGUGUCCAGGUCCAGGUCAGAUCAGCGUUGCUUGGCUGUGAGAUGGGCUGGGCUGUCUCUACAUGCAGUGGCAGGGCUGGCCUCCAUCCACUCAUCUUGGCCACGAUGCAGGGGCAGAUGUAGACUUUACUUUUAGGGGGGGGGGUAAUUAUUUCUCCUGACCCCUCCCCUUUUCCAUGCCAACUCCUCCCCUUUACAAUGUCUCUUACGGUGACCUGGGCUAAGUGCCCAGCAUCACUCCUUAUAUGCGGCUCAGGCCUAUGGGUCUGCCUACUUGUGGGCACUCAAUCUAAAUAGGGCCUAGUACGCCUUAACUGGCCACAGGCCUAAGACCUGAGUUUUAGCCAUGCGCCUAGUGCCUGCCUACCGUGGGGCAGUUUGGGUGAACUGGGCCUAAUGCCCAGAGUCACCUUAUACACCUACAGGGGCCACACUUAACUGAUAGGGCCUAGUGCCCUCUGACCACAGGCCUAAGCGUGAACUGAGCCACAGGCCUAGUGCGCAAUAUCUGCGCCCUGAACCAAAGGGCCCGCCUAGUGCGCCACAGGCCUAGUGUCUGAUUUGACCCCACGGGCCUAAUGCCUGAAAUCUGAUGGUCUAGUGGUGAAGGGGGUGACUUGCGUGCCUCACUGUGGGCCUACCUACUCUGUUGGAGAAGCGAUGCCCGAUCCUCAACUUCUGUCUUUGGCCGCCGCCCCUUCUCCAUGGUCAGCCGACGCUGGAGGUCUUCUUUCUUGAUGGCAGCGCAUUCAGGCCACUUCCACAGCCUCAGGAACUGCCAACUCCUCCCCUUUACAGUGUCUUUUCUGGUGACCUGGGCCAAGUGCCCAGCGUCACUCCUUAUAUGCGGUUCAGCCCUAUGGGCCUGCCUACUUGUGGGCACGCAAACUAAUGGGGCCUAGUACCCCUUAACUGGCCAAAGGUCUAAAGCCUGACUUUUAGCCAUGGGCCUAGUAUCUGCCUACCAUGGGGCAGUUUGGCUGACCUAGGCCUAAUGCCCAGAGUCACCAUAUACACCUAUGGGGGCCACACUUAACCGAUAGGGCCUAGUGCCCUCUGACAUGCCCACAGGCCUAAGCCUGAACUGGUCCACAGGCCUAGUGCUUGACCUCUGCACCCUGGGCCAAAGGGCCCGCAUAGCGCGUCACAGGCCUAGUGUCUGAUUUGACCCCAAGGGCCUAAUGCCCAAAAUCUGGUGGUAUAGUGGGGAAGGGGGUGUCUUGCGUGUAUCACUGGGAGCCUACCUACACUGUCGGGGAAGCGCUUACCGGUCCUCAACUUCUGUCUUUGGCCGCCGCCCCUUCUCUGCGUUCAGGCGGCGUUGAUGAUCUUCUUUCUUGAUAGCAGCGUAUUCAGGCCUCUUCCGCGGCCUCAGGAACUGCUCCCGCAGCAUCCUCUUCACUCUCCGGCCACUGCGAUCCCUUCUUCUUUCUUCUAUGACGUCCGUCUUCUUCGGUCCCAGCAGUGGCAGCCCAGCAUCUCCAGAAAUGCUGGGCACACCCCCAAAGUGUUGCACCUCCCAAAGCUCCUGUCAAUCCUACAGGGGGUUUCAUAAAACAAACUGCUAUCAGACAUCGGUGCUUAUAACACUGUCGUCAUCUUGAUAAAGACGCUGCACAGCGUAGAAAUGUAUAGAAACAGUGUUUUGAUAUUGGUCUGACAACCAAAAUCCAUAUUUCUGAACCCACUGCGUAUUGAUACCCAGGUUACAUUUUCCAGUGGAUUGUAUAUAACAUCAUUAUGGUACAGUUGUCUUGUCCAAUCGUAUGUAUUUAUCACUUCUAAUAAAUACUUUUGGAUUAGAAUACGGUUCUUUCUGGUUCCAUAUAUAUAUAUGUUAUUUGAGACAUCAGUCUCUAUCAUUAUCCAGCAAUAGGGACUACAGAAGUCCAAAGAAACCUUUAUGUGCGUCACAUCUAUUUGUUACAAGUAAGCAUACAUGUAAAAAUCUGCUCAAGUUUGCAUCUAUCACCACUUUGAGUGUCGACGUACAGGAAUAAGAGACUUAUAAUUGGAUUGGACCUUCCACACACUCUUCCCUUCCUUGUAUCACCGACUGGUGGAGCUGUGUUUAUUUACAGUAUUACACUAUUGUGUGAUUUUCUUGUUUCUAUGUGAUUACCAUCGGACAUUACAUCGUUUGACUCUAUUGUGAAAUAACCACAUUGAGGAUCAACAAAAGUUUGGGACAUUUUAAAGCGCAAGUGAGGUUGUACCCUUUUUCUUUUCCAUAUGUUGUUAUAGGUUGGUGACCUAUUUUGUACUAUCUCGUGCUACUUCAUUGUGCAGCGCCAUAGGAGGAAUUGUUUAUUGUAUUCUUCAGCUCCUGCCCGGCCUCUGAUGUCAGACAGGGGCGGUGCCUAUGAUGCAACCAGAGCUGAUUGGCUACAGCAGAGUAUACUAGGGUGCCUGCUGUGGUUUCUCCUCCCUUUUUGCUCACCUCCGUGGCUUCAGCUUCGGGGGUGGCUUUAACUUUUUCAGAGUUUAAUGAAGAGCUGAGAGAAGAUGAAGCUAUUUUCUCGACGGAAGGCAUCGGUGUCUGGUCCGCCCGAGACUUCAGGUGAGGCACAGCCAGAUUAAGGGAGGGCCCAGGGGAUACGUUACCCCGGGCCCCAUAGCCUCUCAGGGCCCCCUGUGCUGGACCAAUUUGUUUUUCAGAGUGGAGACAACCUUGUCUCCAUCUCUGCAGCGGUCAGGACCGCCCCCAUGCACAAUCAGAACGCCUGCCUGGCUGCUCCUCACAGAGAGAUCUGAUUGGCAGAACUCUCUGCAUUGGAUACAGUGCACCCACACAGCUGAGGCCGGGAGGUACUGAGCAUGUGCAGUAGCAGCUCAGCUCAUAUGGACUCCGGCAGUGACACGCCUCUUACUUAUUUGGUUAAUUUUGUAUUUUGUGUGUGUAUGCGUGUGUGUGUAUUUGUAGGUAUGCGGUGUGUGUAUGUAUGUAUGUAUGUAUGUAUGUAUGGUGUGUGUGUGUAGGUAUAUGAUGUGUGUAUAUGUGUGUGUGCGUGCUAUGUGUGUUUGUAGGUGUGCUGUGUAUGUAUGUAUGUAUGUAUGUAUGGUGUGUGUGUAUGUAUGUAUGUGUAUGUAUGUAUGUAUGUAUGUAUGUAUGCAUAAUAUGUGUGUGUGUUUGUAUGUAUGCUGUAUGAGUAGGUAUGCUGUGUGUAUGUAUAUAUAUAUGUAUGUAUGUAUGUAUGUAUGUAUGUAUGCUGUGUGUGUUUGGAUGCAUAGUGUGUGUGUGUGUUAUAUGUGUGUGUAUUCAUGAUAUGUGUGUUUGUAGGUAUGCUGUGCAUGCAUGUAUGUAUGUAUGUAUGUAUGUAUGUUGUGUAUAUGCAAGUAUGCUGUGUGUGUGUGUGUGUGUGUGUGUAUGUAUGGUGUGUGUGUGUGUGUAUGCUGUGUGAAUGCAUGUAUGUAUGGUGUGUGUUUGUAUAUAUGUAUAUGAACACAUGCAUAUUAUAUAUAUAUAUAUAUAUAUAUAUAUAUAUUGGGACUAUAUCAGUAGGGAUUGCAAAGUCUGCUAAGAUGCAGAACUUGCAAUCCUUGUGUGAUCGCAUGCUGACAGCUGCCCAUCGCAGGGCAAGACCACCCAGCAUGCUGACCGCCACCGCCACCCCCUCCCCCCCUUGAGCAAGCAGAAUUUGCGAUUGCACAGCAAUUUCUGCUUGAUUGCAAAUAAUGGGUAGCCUCCUGCCGGCGCAGGCCGCCAACAUUUUUGUGAUAGCAGCGGCUGUGUGUGACAUCAUACAGCCAUCCCGACCACGCCGCUGCCGCACUCCAUUCACGCCGCCGCGCACCCGCAAUGCUCCGUUUCCAGCUAGGAAUUGUAACGUUGCUGCCCAAUGAACGUCCACCCUCCAUGCCCACGAAUGCCUCUGCCUGAUUGUCAUGCAGAGAUGUUCGCAUUUUCUGCUGGAGCGCGCAGGAAAUGUGGGUGCAUGCGCAGGAGAGGCCCUGCGGAUUUGCCCGCUUCCUUUUAGUAAUUCUUGCAGUUGGAUCGCAAAUAGUCGACCAUAGUCCUCAGGGCGCCCCCUUGACUUUAGUUCCCCAGACCCCCGUAGCCUUUAUCUCGCUCUGAGAUGAGGCACCGGGGGAAUCAGACGAUGAUGAUAGAUCUUCCUCCUCCUCUUCGCUGUCACCUUCUGCUACUAGCGCGGUCAGGGUAUAGAAGCGUUCUGCUAAGUAUGCUAGACAAGAGGCUGUUAGGUGCGGCUAAGCUCCGGCGGGUUUAGAUAGUUUGCGCAGGGCUUAGCAGCGUUUAGGCGCAUGCAGGACUUGUUGCGCUGUUUGUUGGUCUUGUACGUCUCCCCCUGUCCUCCCUACUCGGGGAUUAGCUACUCGCCACUGUUGGCAGUGGGAGUCUAGAGGGAUUUAACAAUUUUUUACCUGGACUGACGGACUUAAUUCGGCUUAAUUAUACUUGAUUUGGCUAAUUGGAUUUUAAUUAUAUGUCCCUCAGCAGGUUUUAAGUUUUACCUCUAGCCGAGUUUACUUGUGUGACCCCCCCCCCCCCCCUAUUUAUUUGUUUUACCUCCUAUCCUAUUGUAUCUAUAUGUUGCUUCGAUUGGCCUGAAGCUCGUUUACAUGGAAUUUCCAUGCUAUCUUUUUUUCUUUUUGGCAGAUCCUCAUUUCAUUAUGUUUCAACAGAACUGUUUCUAUUUUACGUGUCAGUUUGAUAAUUUUCUCUGGUUCUUUCCAUCCCUUAUAGGUUUGCUGGGCGAUAGGCGCAAGGAUGGCAUAGCUGCCCGCUUAUGUCUUCUGCUCGGCUAGGUUUAUGGCUUUAAGUUUACGCCUUUAAAGCUCAUUUAAAUAAAUAGAUAACAGUUUCUGCCAAAUUCAUGUCUCCGUGUCGU